AAUCGACGAGGUCUCCAGUCGCCGAAGCGCCAUGGAUCGUGAAGAAAGCUGAACUUGGCGAAACGGUGACCAAGGAUAUCUUUGAUCGUCGUUUCCGCGAUGACAAGGACCCGAAAAGAGCGGCUUUGGCGGAUAAGUGGUUGGACACGGAUAAGGAAAAACGUGUCCAUGCUCUUCAGAGAAAGUCUAUUCCUAGUAAGGACGCAGGUAAGUUUUGAAUAAGAUCGCCAAAUAGACAAAAUAGCUGCUUGAAACAUGUUCGAUUCCUCCUUAGUUUCUGGCAAGAGUGUGAAAGAGAAGGGUGUCGAUAAAUGGUUGGACACGGAUGAGGAAAGACGUAUCCAUGCUCUUGAGAGAAAGUCUAUUCCUAGUAAGGACGCAGUUUCUGCGAAGAGUGUUAAAGAGAAGGGUGUCGAUACGUUGGCACCGAUCGGGUCCAUCAAGCAAACGGAGACGUCUCCGCGAUUGUCCGACGUAGAGGCAAGGACGAAAGCAGCGCAGUCCGAGAAAAAAGCGCAUUCGAGGAUCCUGUCGGAGAGAGGUGUAGACCCAGCGGUCACUACCUUAACGGAGACGGGGACAACACGACGACUGUCUGAUAUAGGAUCUGAAAAGCUGGUCGAAACUGAUACCGUCGAAGCAACUAGUAGAUACGUGGGAGAUUCGUCUGGAGAGAUUACAGAACGCGAAGGAAUGGAAACAACGGGCAGACGGGAACACGAGCAAACUGGCGAACGAGAAGUUUCGGCAGGAACUUCCGGCGAGGGGGUUGAUUUUGGAAGCGUUCAAGACGAAUGCGAUCCAACUUGUCCUCGACGUAUUUCACGGAGAGACAGAAUACGCAAACUCGAAGAAAGGCAAAAGAUCGUUGACGAAUACUUGCUGAACAAGGGUACGCGUUACUUCGACGAUGUUUGCACUUGUUCUCUAUCCUGCAUCGUCCGUGCCCUGAGCCACGACUCCUUCGUCAGAAGUAUAAUAGCUUCCGCUGCCCUGUUCACCCUUGGGCUCAAACUUUGUUCGGAAUUGGAUGCUUGGUACUUGCCGAUUCGGCUCUCAUAA